AUGGAAAACUUGAGGGUGGUGUUUUGUGGGGAAUCUGGCAAUUCAGAUGCUGGCGGAAAGCCAUUCGAUUCUAGCUUGGUCUUUCAACCAACUUCAUGUAUCAAUCAGGCGUUGAUAUUUUGUCUCAAUGUUUUGCUUCUAAUCAUGCUCUUAUUCACUUUCAUACAAAAAUCUUCAUCAUCAAAAAUAGAUCAAAUCCGACCUCGAUGUCGUGGCUAUUCAAGUCUGCAGAUAGUUUCUGCUAUAAUCAAUGGCUGUAUUGGAUUGGUGUACUUGUGCUUGGGCAUAUGGAUUUUGGAAGAGAAGUUGAGGAAAAACCAGACCGCCUUACCAUUGAAAAGUUGGUCAGUUGUGUUGUUUCAGGGAUUUACAUGGCUUUUGGUGGGUUUAACCAUAAGCCUUCGAGGGAAGCAUCUUCAAAGAACGGCAUUGCGGCUAUUGUCCAUUUUUGCUUCCUUGUUUGCUGGUAUUGUCUGUGCUUCGUCCAUAUACGGUGUCAUUUUAGGUGAAGGAAUGCUGCUUAAGAUAGCUUUGGAUGCCCUAUCCUUUCCCGGAGCAAUAUUGUUAUUAUUAUGUUUUUACAAGGUUUAUAAACGUGAAGGGAAUGAUGAAAGUGACCUAUAUGCACCAUUAAAUGGUGAGGCCAAUGGUGUAGGUAAAACCGAUUCUGUUGACAAAGUUACUCCAUUUGCUAAAGCAGGAUUCUUCAAUAAAAUGUCGUUUUGGUGGUUGAAUCCACUGAUGACAAAGGGCAAGGAGAAAACUCUGGAGGAUGAGGAUAUCCCGAAGUUGAGAGAGGCAGACCGAGCAGGGAGCUGUUAUAUGGAGUUUUUGGAGCAAGUGGACAAACAAAAACAAGCUGAAUCAUCUCAACCAUCGCUCUUGUGGACAAUUGUAUUUUGCCACUGGAAAGACAUUCUAAUUUCUGGAUUCUUCGCUAUGCUAAAGAUACUUACUGUAUCAGCUGGGCCUCUUCUUCUUAAUGCCUUCAUUUUGGUUGCUGAAGGAAAAGCUGGUUUUAAAUAUGAAGGUUAUGUACUGGCCUUGACGCUCUUCUUUUCAAAGAGCUUAGAGUCCUUAUCACAAAGGCAAUGGUAUUUUAGGAGCAGGCUUAUUGGUUUGAAAGUGAGGUCUUUGCUCACGGCUGCAAUAUAUAAGAAGCAACUGAGGUUAUCCAAUGUUGGUAGGUUGAUGCACUCGGGUGGUGAGAUAAUGAACUAUGUUACGGUAGAUGCUUAUAGGAUAGGUGAGUUUCCCUUCUGGUUUCAUCAGACAUGGACAACAAGCUUUCAGCUUUGCAUCUCUCUUGUAAUUCUCUUCCGUGCAGUGGGACUGGCAACAUUUGCUGCCUUAGUUGUUAUAGUAAUUACUGUGCUAUGCAAUGCUCCACUUGCAAAGUUACAGCAUGAGUUUCAGUCUAAGCUUAUGGUGGCACAAGAUGAGAGAUUGAAGGCUUGCAAUGAGGCUCUGGUUAACAUGAAGGUAUUGAAAUUAUAUGCUUGGGAAACUCAUUUUAAAAAUGCCAUAGAAGGUUUGAGAAAGGUGGAGUAUAAAUGGUUGUCAGCAGUGCAAAUGCGCAAAUCAUAUAACACUUUUGUCUUCUGGUCUUCUCCUGUUUUGGUCUCUGUUGCUACCUUUGGGGCAUGCUAUUUCCUCAAAAUUCCUCUUCAUGCUAAUAAUGUUUUCACUUUUGUGGCGACUUUGCGUCUUGUUCAAGAUCCAAUCAGAUCACUCCCUGAUGUUAUUGGAGUGGUUAUUCAAGCAAAGGUAGCUUUUGCGCGUGUUGUGAAGUUUCUCGAAGCACCAGAGCUACAGAGUGAAAAUGUUCGUCACAAGCGCAACAUGGGGAGUGUAGACCUUGCUGUUUCAAUCAAGUCUGCCGAUUUUUCAUGGGAAGAGAAUUCUUCAAAGCCUACAUUGAGAAAUGUUAAUUUUGAAACUAAGCCUGGUGAAAAGGUGGCCAUAUGCGGAGAAGUUGGCUCUGGCAAGUCAACCCUUUUAGCAGCAAUUCUUGGAGAAGUUCCACAUACACAGGGAAAUAUUCAGGUUUAUGGGAGGAUUGCCUAUGUUUCCCAAACAGCUUGGAUCCAGACAGGAACGAUACGAGAGAACAUUUUAUUCGGGUCUGAAAUGGAUAGGCAACAAUACCAAGACACACUUGAGCGAUGCUGCUUGGUGAAGGACCUUGAGUUGCUUCCUUAUGGUGAUCUUACUGAAAUAGGUGAAAGAGGCGUCAAUUUGAGUGGUGGUCAAAAGCAGCGAAUUCAACUUGCCCGUGCUCUCUAUCAGAAUGCAGAUAUAUAUCUCUUGGAUGAUCCAUUCAGCGCUGUGGAUGCACACACUGCGACAAGUUUAUUUAAUGAAUACAUCAGUGGAGCACUUUCAGAGAAAACAGUCUUGCUUGUGACGCAUCAAGUUGAUUUCCUGCCAGCAUUUGACUCUGUUAUGUUUUCACAAAAGAAUCGCCAUGAGAUAGCUUGCUUUUGUAAACAGUUGAUGUCAGAUGGAGAAAUCCUACAAGCAGCUCCUUAUCAUCAGUUAUUGUCCUCGAGCCAAGCCUUUCAGGACCUCGUCAACGCACACAAAGAAACAGCUGGUUCUGAAAGGCAUACCGAGGUUAAUGCUCUGCCAAGACGAGGAUCAUCUACUAGGGAGAUCAAGAAGAGUUAUGUAGAGAAGCAGCAUAAAACUUCUCAAGGAGAUCAACUGAUUAAGCAGGAAGAAAAGGAAGUGGGAGACACAGGAUUUAAGCCUUAUAUUCAGUAUCUGAGUCAAGACAAAGGAUACUUGUACUUUUCCCUUGCAGCUUUCUGUCACCUGCUGUUUGUCGUUGGUCAGAUAUCACAGAACUCUUGGAUGGCAGCAAAUGUUGAUGAUCCUCAUGUUAGCACAUUGCGUUUAAUUGCGGUCUAUCUGAGUAUCGGAGUUAUCUCAGUGCUUUUCAUGCUAUGUAGAUCAAUCUCUAUAGUUGUUUUGGGUCUUCAAUCAUCAAAGUCGUUAUUUUCCCAGCUACUAAAUUCUCUUUUUCGUGCACCCAUGUCUUUCUAUGACUCCACACCUCUCGGAAGAAUACUGAGUCGGGUCGCAUCAGAUCUGAGCAUUGUCGAUCUUGAUGUUCCGUUCAGUUUAAUCUUUACUGUUGGUGCAACUACAAAUGCUUAUAGUAAUCUGGGAGUUCUGGCUGUCAGAUAUUACUUUGCCUCUGCUAAAGAAUUGAUGCGGAUCAAUGGCACAACCAAGUCUUUAGUAGCAAAUCAUCUAGCUGAAUCUGUAGCAGGAGCCAUGACAAUAAGGGCCUUUGAGGAGGAAGAACGUUUCUUUGCAAAAAGCCUUAACCUCAUCGACAUAAAUGCUAGUCCUUUCUUCCACAGUUUUGCUGCAAAUGAGUGGUUGAUUCAACGACUUGAAACAUUGAGUGCAACUGUUCUUGCCUCUGCAGCACUCUGCAUGUGCACAUUAGCAAAUUACAUCAUUUCUGUUGAAAGGCUUAAUCAAUACACGCAUGUACCAAGUGAAGCCCCAGAGGUGAUAGAAGAUAGCCGUCCUCCAUCCAACUGGCCAUUGGUGGGUAAAGUGGAUAUUUGUGAUUUGCAGUUGAUGAAGGCUAGACGACUGAAAAAGUUUAAUAUCAAACAGAUUAGAUAUAGGCCUGACGCACCACUAGUUCUUCGAGGAAUCAGUUGCACAUUUGAAGGAGGGCACAAGAUCGGUAUUGUUGGUCGAACCGGCAGUGGGAAGACAACUCUUAUUGGUGCUCUAUUUCGACUGGUGGAACCAGCUGGAGGAAAGAUUAUCAUAGAUGACAUUGACAUCUCUAAGAUUGGACUUCAUGAUCUGAGGUCACGACUUGGAAUAAUACCUCAAGAUCCUACCCUCUUUAAUGGGACUGUGAGAUACAAUUUGGACCCAUUAUCUCAACACACUGACCAGGAGAUAUGGGAGGUUCUUGGAAAGUGUCAGCUUCGAGAGGCCGUUCAGGAGAAAGAGCAGGGUCUAGAUUCUCUAAUAAAUGAUGAGCAACCUGCUGCAGUUGUGGAAGACGGAUCAAAUUGGAGCAUGGGGCAGAGACAACUAUUUUGCUUAGGCCGAGCCCUUUUGAGGAGAAGUAGGAUACUGGUGCUUGAUGAAGCAACAGCAUCAAUUGAUAAUGCAACUGACUUGAUUUUGCAAAAGACUAUUCGGACGGAAUUUUCAGAUUGCACUGUGAUCACAGUAGCUCACAGGAUACCAACCGUAAUGGAUUGCACGAUGGUACUUUCGAUUGGGGACGGAAAACUAGUCGAGUAUGAUCAGCCAGAGAAGUUAAUGGAGACAGAAGGUUCACUUUUUGGACAACUUGUGAAGGAGUACUGGUCUCAUUUACACGCAGCAGAAUCACAUUGA